AUGGCAGAUUUAGCCUUUGGAAUUUUGGCUCCAUCAUCGACAACAUCAUGGGCCAGAAAUUUCAAUCCAAAUGGCUCCUCAAUCUUGGGGCGAGUUGCAAUUAAAAAGGGCCAACCUGAAGCCACCUCAAAUCUGGGUGGUGGCAUGUCGACAACAACUGGGCUCCCCUUUGAUAUGGAAACCCAAUCCUUUGGCAAAUUGGAAGCAAAUGACAAGAACAAGAGCAAGGUCGUGGAGGCCUCUCAAAGAGCCGAGCCCGAGGCAGAGAAAAUAGCAAAUGAGCGUGCAAGAGCCAACGUCGAGGCAGAAAAAGCGAAGAGUUCUGACCGACUUAGGUCGGCUGCUAAAGAGAGGUCAAACGCAAGCGAAGUUGCGCUCAAGUUAGCCAAGGAGGCGAUUGCCAAUCUAGAAACUGAUUUGGAAGAGUCAAAGAAAGAAAAGGAAAUAGCCGACAUCGAGAUUUCCAAAGCGUUCCAAGCUGGGAAGGACGACGCCUUGGAGAACUAUGUGGAGGAAAUUUUGCCACCAGAAGUUCAGCAGUCCAUGGUCGGCCGGGCUGAUUACGAACUUUUUCAGGAGGGCGUUCAUGGAGCAGUAAAGGUUUUGUACACCUCCUACGAAAUCGGCAUGCAUCUUCGUACCGCACGAAGAGAGAUAGAGCAAAGGGAUGCUCACAUUCAGAGCUUGCAAGCCAGUGCGGAGAAGGCUGAAAAUGAGCUGAAGAAAGCCAACACCUCAGAGACUCAUUCAGCGAGUCAAGUGAAUCCAAUUGUCGUGGAGCAAGUAAACCUCCAAAUUCUGGAUCACGUGAUUGCCGACCGAGAAACGAUGAGUAUGUUCGCAACAGAAUCUGCGAAGGCUAGGCCCUAUGAAAAAGGCUUCCAUGACGGCCAAAAAAUUGGAAUAGAGAAGAUGAAGGAAAAACUAGCCAAGGAAGUCUAUCGAUGCAAAAAUCGCGGAUUUAAGCAUGGAUGA